CGUCGCCGUCGUCUCGGGUCUCGGCGCGUCGCCUGCGGGGAGCGAGGAGCAAGCGUCGCCGCAGCUCGAGCUCCUCCUUACGAAGGUUAGCAUCUGUCAGCCAUGGCGAAACAUCACCCCGAUCUCAUCAUGUGCCGGAAGCAGCCCGGCAUCGCGAUCGGCCGCUUGUGUGAGAAGUGCGACGGCAAGUGCGUCGUCUGCGACUCGUACGUGCGCCCGUGCACGCUCGUCCGCGUCUGCGACGAGUGCAACUACGGCUCGUUCCAGGGAAGGUGCGUCAUCUGCGGAGGGGUCGGGAUCUCAGACGCCUACUACUGCAAGGAGUGCACGCAGCAGGAGAAGGACCGAGACGGAUGCCCCAAGAUUGUGAACCUCGGGAGCGCCAAGACCGACCUCUUCUACGAGCGUAAGAAGUAUGGUUUUAAGAAGAGAUGAGUGGGGUGGAUUUUCCGGUCCCAGGUCGUUUCGGCGUGAGCCUGUGCUGUGGCGUUGAUUCCGAGAUAAGUAGGUUGCUGAGGCUACGGCAAUGUAUUCGUGUUAUGGUUUGGUACUAAUGCGAGGAUAUGCAUUCCUGAUAUGAUCUGUAUUAACUAUUUAUGUUGUAUGGUCGAAAACUCUGGACUGGUGAUGUGCAUCCAUGGAUGUUGACUUGAGAUGUGAAGUGGCAUGGCCUCCUCUGUCACGUAA